AUGGAAGGAAAAGAAAUUUCAGACUAUCCUGAAAAUUUAAACAUCAAAUGGAAGAACAAUAAGCGUACUUUUUACUAUAAAAUAGUGAAAGAAGGGAUAUACCCAAGGGAGUAUAUAUUAUGUCAAACUAAAAAGCCUAACCAAUAUCCAAUUCCGCAUGGGUAUAUAGUUCAAACAAGUUGGAAUCAGAACAUGUGUCCAGUUCAAUGUACGAUAAUCUAUAUUAACGAUAAGCCAAUGUAUCAAGUAGAAUUUGUUGUUGUAAAUGUUCUUAAGCUUGAGAAAAUUAAUAAACUUUACUACUUAAUGUUAAAGAACAUUAAUCCAGAAAGUAAUACACAAAUCUCAGGGGUAUUUUUAUUUGGCCUUCACUUGAAGUUUGUACAACAAAAUCGUAAGAAAGUAAAAAAGCGUUCCUUAAAGUCAGUAGAUAAUAUUUCACGUUCCACUCUUAUUAAAAAAGCCAAAACUGUUACCAAGCAGACGUUAAAUGACUUUACAAAUAUUAAAAAUUGGGAUGAAAACACAACAGCGAAAAAACAAAAAAAUGAAGCAAUUGUAAUGGCAAUUGAUAAAGGACAAAUUUCACGAAAUAUGUAUAGAGAUCUAGCUGCGAUUGAAAGUGAAUUACCACGGGAAUGGGCAAUUUCUGAUCAGCGAAUGCAAAUCAAUAAAGAAAUGAGAAAUAGGAUCAAAAUUACCACAAUUAAUAUGCCAUCAUGUAACAAUUUAGAUUUAAAUGAAAAUCCUGAUAUAUUUGAUCCAGAAGUAGUUAAAGAGGUAAUUACUUCAAUUGGUAAGGGUGGUCAAAGAAGUAUAAAAGAUAUAUUAAGAUUUAUAGUACCAAGCUUAGUAGAAAGAAAAAUUCUUGAUCUUCAACGACCAAUUAUUUAUCUGAAAAUUUCUGGAGACAGUAGAAAUGUAGGUAGGAAGGUAAAACACGUCAUGGUUACCUUUGCAAUUAUGGAUGAUAUAACCAACCUACACAGACCCGAUCAUCACCAUACACUUGUACUAUAUCCUGGAUGUGAAAAUUAUGAUUCGUUGAGUGUUGAACUGUCUUUACUUCGAACUGAGUUACGUAAAUUAUCAGAGAUUGGAAUAAACAUUAUAGGGGUUAAUUGGAUUAUUAAUCUAUAUUUUAGUUCUGAUUGGAAAUUUCUUUCCAUCUGCUGUUUGGGUUUUAAUUCCGCAAAUAGCCAGUUUUUUUGCCCUUGGUGUGGCAUAUCAAAGAAACAAGUUGCAGAUCUUGGUAAACAAUGGUCUAUAUCAAAGGAAAUGAGCGAAUUAAAAGCAAACUGCAAUACAUAUGAUGAAAAUGGAUAUUUUAAUGAUAUUGCAAGAGAAAUUAUUGUUAAAGAAAUGAACAGGAUCAAAGUGAAGUUUCAAUUUUGGCAAGAAAGAGAAUCAAAAACCCGGAAUUUUACAUCACUAGUAGGUGGACACAAAUUAAAAGUGCUGCAAUUUUUUGAUCUUGGUAAAGUGUUACCACUAUCACGAGUAAAGAUAAUUAGAAGAUUAUGGGAUGAGUUCCAUGAGUUGUAUGUAGCUAUGCGUAACCCAGCUACUGAUUCUGAAACAUUUAAGAAAAAUGCAGAAUAUUGGUUAAGGUUAUUUCUUACACCAUCUAUUGGAACUCCCAAUGAUGAAAACUUUGUUCAGGGUUUAUACCGACCAAAUGAUCUUACACCAUAUUUUCAUGUUCUUGUCUAUCAUGUUCAUGAAUUCAUGGAAAAAACAAAAGAAUGGGGUUUAAAAGCUUUCUUAUGUGCGCCAGGAGAUUUCACCGUAAGAAAUCAUUUUGAAAAUUAUCAUCAUGAAGAAGAAUAUAAUGAUAGUGAAUAUGAAAGUGAAUAUGAAAGUAAAGAAGAAAAUGGAUUAGAAUUAAAUCAAGGAAAAGAAUUUAGUUCAUGGGAACUUACUGAUAUAAUUGGUAAACACAAUCAUGAUAUGAACCCACUUGUUGGUAAAAUAGCACCAAAAUAUCAAAAAUUAACUGAUAAGAUGAUUGAAAAAGUUAAAUUUUGGACAAUUCAAAGGAAAAUGGGCAUAUCAACUCAAUACAAUCUCCUGGUAGUCUUGUUUUCAGAUAAAGUAAUUAACAAAAAGGAUUUAAGUAACGCUAUUCAGCAAUUUAAAAAACAAGCGAAACCUAAUAAAAAUGAUGCAUAUCAAAUGCUUACUGAUCUAUAUUUGAAGAAAGAAAUUAAUCCAAGAUGGAUUAUAAAGCUGCAUUUUGAUCUUGACGAAAGAAGAUUAAAUUCAUUAUUCUGA